AUGGGAAAAGGUGGACAUAAUACAUUUAUUAAAAGUAAUGAUAAUCAACAAUCAGAUUUAACAUCAUUAUCAACAUUACCUCAUCGAUUACCAACACUAUCUGAAAUCAAACUUAAAAUACCAUCUCAUUGUUUUCGUCCAACAGUUCGUCAAUCGAUGAGUUAUGUUAUUAAAGAUAUUAUUUAUGUUAUAUUAACAUUUAUUGUCAUGUAUCAAAUUCAAAACAUAUUUAAAUAUGGUUUUUUAUUUUUUCCUAUUUAUUGGUGUAUACAAGGUACUCUUUAUACAUCACUUUUUGUACUUGGACAUGAUUGUGGACAUGGAAGUUUUAGUUCAUAUCAAUUAUUAAAUGAUAUUAUUGGAACUAUCUUACACACUUGGAUAUUAGCACCAUAUUAUACAUGGAAGCUUACCCAUAAUAAACAUCAUAAGAAUACAUGUAAUAUUGAUAAAGAUGAGAUUUUUUAUCCACAACGUGGUAUAUAUUAUGAACCAUCAUUAUUAGAUGAUAUUCUCUUUUGGUUUCCGGGUAUUGGUUGGUUUUAUUAUUUAAUAAAUGGUUAUGCACCAAGAACAAUUAAUCAUUUUAAUCCAUUUGAAUCCUUAUUCUAUAAUCGACAUUUCGUUGGUGCUUGUUCUUCACUCGGUACAUAUUUAGGAAUGUGCUAUUUAAUGUAUCUUUAUGCAAGUUCAUUUGGUUUCAUUAAUUUACUUGUUUAUCAUUUAAUACCAGUAUUUAUUUUUGCCUGUUAUAUGGUUAUUAUAACGAUGUUACAUCAUACAGAAAUUGAUAUACCCUGGUAUGCUGAUUCUGAAUGGAAUAAUGUAAAAGGACAAUUAUCAACUAUUGAUCGUAAUUACGGUUAUGUACAUUCAGUACUACAUUCUAUUGGUACACAUCAAAUUCAUCAUCUUUUUACUAAAGUACCUCAUUAUCAUUUAGAAGAAGCAACAAUACAUUUUCGUAAAGCAUUUCCUGAUUUAGUUCGUUGUAAUGAUGAAUCAAUUCUAUUUGCAUUUUCACGUAUGUUCAAAAUCUUUCUACAACAACGAAGUAUUGAAGAUGAUGUACGAGUGUUUACAUAUACCGAAGAUGAUAAAACAAAAAUAUUGCUUUAUAUUGCAAUGGGUUUCUCAGCUUGGGGUGAUCGUAUGUGGAAUUUUUCUGUUGGUAUUUAUUUUAUUUCUCUCAAUCCAACUAAUCUUUUGAGUGUAGCUCUUAAUGGUAUUGCACUUAAUUUAGCUGUUAUUUUAUUUGCUACAGCUAUUGGUGAUUGGAUUGAUCGUAAUCCUCGUUUAUCAACACUACGAAAAUCUUUAUAUUUUCAAAAUUUAUCUGUUGCUGUUAUGGCUGUAUUAGUUGUUAUUGCUUUAUAUUAUCAAUCUUCUCUUCCACAAUAUUGGAUGAUUAUAAUUCAAGGUUUUUUAAUUGGAAUUGGUAUGAUAGCAACAUUAUCUAGUGUAGCAUGUAAAGUAUCAAUAUCAAAAGAUUGGGUUGUCGCAUUAUAUGGUUCUAAUCGACAAAAUUUAGCUAACACUAAUGCAACGCUUCGUCGAAUCGAUCUUAUUAGUAAUGUAUUAGCACCGAUUUUAACAGGUGCUAUUAUGGCAUUUACAUCACGAUGGCUUAGUGCUGUAUUAAUCGCUGGUUGGAAUGUCGUUUCACUUGGUUUCGAACUUUUCCUAUAUACAAGAGUUUAUCAUUUAGCUGAAGAUGUAUUAGCUAAUAAAGUAUCGGUUAAUAAAUCUAAUGAAGAAUUAACUGAAAAGAAAAAAGGACCAUUAAGACAGUUCUUUACAUCCUUACAAGGUUUAGAAACAUAUGCAUCUUUAUCAGUAUUUUUACCUGGACUUUCACUUGCAUUACUGUAUAUGACUGUUUUAAGUUUUGAUUCUGUUACACGAGCUUAUGUUAUUGAACAAGGUUUAUCAGAAGCUUUUUUAGGUUUAUUAAAUGGUUUAGGAUCAAUUCUUGGUAUUAUUGGUACCAUUGCUUAUCCAUUUUUUGUUAAAUGUACAGGUCUUGUACGUACAGGUAUUAUUGGUUUUUGGUCAGAAUUUUCAAUGAUAAUUCUUUGUUUAAUAUCAUUAUUUGUUUAUGGAACAUCAUUUGGUCCAUUUCAACAUUUAACAAUUGGUUCAUGUCAAUAUUAUGAAAUAUUAACUAAAAAUAAUAGUACAACAACUUUAAUACCAUAUCAAUGUUCAAAUUCGAAAUUAUCUGUACUUUUACUUGUUAUUGGUAUAACUCUGAAUAGAUUUGGUUUAUGGAUUGCUGAUUUAACCGUUAAUCAAUUACAACAAGAACGUGUACCAGAAAAAAUUCGUGGUCGUAUUGGUGGUACGCAACAUUCACUUAAUCAAUUUUUUGAUUUACUUCGUUAUGUACUUAUUAUUUUUUUACCUCGAAUGCAACAAUUUGGUUAUCAUGUUUGUUUAUCUGUUUUAUCUGUAUUUACGGCAUCACUCAUUUAUACAAUAUGGUCAUGUUCAUCAGCGUCUCAUCUUGUUCCACCAGCUGCUGAUAUUGAAAUGACUGAAACAAAUGUUGAUUUAGCACAACAUUAUGAAGUUCAACUUGGUGAAAAACUAGACUAUGUCGAUGAAGACGAUAAUAAAAUCUAA